AUGAACCCAUGGUGGAGGCUGGAUCUGGUGGAUCUACAAAUCAUUAGAGAAGUGAUCGUCACUAAAAGGAUGGACUGCUGCUUUGAACAAAUUAACGGAGCUGAGAUUCGCAUCGGAAACUCUCUGGAGAACAACGGCAACAACAAUCCCAAAUGUGCUGUAAUUUCUGGUAUUCCAGCAGAUCAAUCAGUCUCUUACGCAUGCGGUGGAAUGCAAGGCCGUUACUUGAAUGUGGUCAUUCCUGGAGAUUCAAAACAGCUCUCUCUAUGUGAAGUGAGAGUCUUUGAUCAAUUUACAGAUAGCGUGGAAUUAAGUGGUCAUGCUGUUCAGUCUUCUGUACUUGAAUACUAUCGGGCUGAUCGUGCCGUUGAUGGAAUAAAACACGCCCCGGGUCCAGCGUCAUUUUGUACUCAUACAAAUUCGGAGUCAAGUCCUUGGUGGAGGCUAGAUCUGCUGGAUAAUUACUAUAUUAGCACUGUGAUCAUCACAAACAGAGCCGACUGCUGUCCAGAACGACUCGACGGAGCAGAGAUUCGCAUUGGAAACUCCCUGGAAAACAAUGGCAACAACAAUCCCAUAUGUGCUGUGAUUACUAGUAUUCCAAUAGGAGCAUCCCACAGCUACUCGUGUCCCAAUAUGGAGGGACGUUACGUGAACAUCGUUGUUCCUGGAGAUAGGUAUCUUACGCUCUGUGAAGUUGAAGUCUAUAGGGGUUUUCCAGUGAUAAACUUUGUGAGGAUGAAAUUUGCCUCCAAUACUGAUUUAGCUGGCCCAGAGAGUGACAAACUCCUCUAUCAGUGCUAA